ACAUGAUCGCGCCCCUAAUGGUGAUGUUGAGCAACGCAAAAUGACAUGUGUGCGUCCAUGGUUGCUAGGUUAUUAACCCGGAAGUGGACCAUUUGCGUACUCAUCUCUUUGCCAGCUGUCUCACGAUCAAUAAAUCAAAACAGCAACGAGCAUCCACCCCUGUACAACAUCUCUGCAAAUGCAGCUUUGCUUUUAAUGCAUAGGUUGAAAUAAUCGAUUGGUGUCGCAUGGCGUCGUUUGUGGCAAGGACAUAUUUCCUCAAGCGUUAACAUCACUGGAUGAAAAUACUCCUCCCUGCAGGUGCAUCUGUGAAAGAAGGUGUUGAUGACCACAUCACAUCACCCACAUCCGAGAAACGGCCCGGGUUGGUGCCAUGGCUGGUAAGGUGAAGUGGGUGACAGACAUUGAGAAAUCUGUGCUUAUCAACAACUUUGAGAAGAGGGGAUGGCUCCAGGUCACCGAGAGCGAAGAGUGGAAUUUCUACUGGAUGAGCAUCCAGACCAUUAGAAAUGUGUUUAGUGUGGACACAGGCUACCGCCUCACGGACGAACAGAUGGUCAACCACUUCCCCAACCACUAUGAGCUGACCAGGAAGGACCUCAUGAUCAAGAAUAUCAAACGCUACAGAAAGGAACUGGAGAAGGAGGGAAGUCCUCUGGCGGAGAAGGACGAGAAUGGGAAAUACAUCUUUUUAGAUUUCGUCCCGGUCACGUUCAUGCUCCCUGCGGACUAUAACCUGUUCGUGGAGGAGUUCCGGAAGAGUCCGUCCAGCACGUGGAUCAUGAAGCCGUGUGGCAAGGCGCAGGGGAAAGGCAUCUUUCUCAUCAACAAACUCUCACAGAUUAAGAAGUGGUCUCGGGACAGCAGAACAUCAACGUUUAUGGCUGCGUCAAGUGGCAAAGAAGCCUAUGUCAUUUCCCUGUACAUUGAUAAUCCUCUGCUGAUUGGUGGAAAGAAGUUUGACCUGAGGCUGUACGUGCUGGUCACCACCUACAGGCCUCUCAAGUGCUACAUGUAUAAACUGGGAUUCUGCAGGUUCUGCACAGUGAAAUAUACUCCCAGCACUAGUGAGCUGGACAACAUGUUUGUGCACCUGACGAACGUCGCCAUUCAGAGACAUGGGGAUGAUUAUAAUCACGUGCACGGCGGUAAGUGGACGGUGAGCAACCUGCGUCUGUACCUGGAGAGCACCAGGGGGAAGGAGGUGACCAGCAGACUCUUCGACCAGAUCCACUGGAUUAUGGUGCAGUCUCUGAAGGCAGUGGCCCCUGUUAUGAACAAUGAUAAGCACUGUUUCGAAUGCUAUGGGUAUGACAUCAUCAUUGAUGACAAACUGAAACCAUGGCUUAUUGAGGUUAAUGCCUCUCCUUCGCUCACGUCCAGCACAGCCAAUGAUCGCAUCCUCAAGUACAACUUGAUCAACGACACGCUCAAUAUCGUCACACCCAAUGCUGAGAUUCCAGACUGCCGAUGGAACCGAAGCCCGCCCAAGGAGGCACUGGGGAACUACCAAGUCCUAUAUGAUGAGGAGCAGGCCCUGAGCGAGAGCGCAGACCGUGACCGUGACCUCCGCAGCCGUUCGGGUCAGUCCCUGGGGUCAAAGGGCAGCAGGUCGAGCAGCGUGCGGCCCACCCCGGCCACCUGGAAAUGAAGUCACAGGUCAUCGCCGGCGAGCAGCACCUUAUUUCCUCCAGGAGAAAGACGUGGAGCAAGAGGACUGCAGGGCCGCACAGACUCUGACCCGCUCUGACUAUUAGACGUAUAACCCUCCUCUGUCGACACACACACACCCUUAUGCACACAUAGCCAGACUCAGUAAUUUGCACAGUAUGCAUGAAAUACAUGACUGAAUCAAACAUAACGAAAGGAAGAUGGAUGGAUAGAUGGAUGGAUGGAUUGAUGGUAGUAUUUGGGAAAGGGAUGUGAGGAGAGUAACUUCUUGACUGAAUGGAUGAAAUGGAUGAAACUCCGGGAUGGGAAAGCUAUUAAUGACGUCCUGCCAUGCAUGAAGGGAUACUGCCUCUCAGUGACACGAGAGCACAAUCACCUGAACCAGAUCCAGACCUUUUGUGCUGCAGACUCGACUUCAGUUCCUCUGCAGGAAGUGUAUGUCUUCUUUCAAGUGGACCUUCCCUUGUGGGGGGGAGGGGUGGGGUGGGGUGGGGUGUAGGAGCAUUUCUGAAAUUCACCGUUGUGUCCUGAUAGUGUUGUGUGCUUCAGUGUUUGUUGUUUACCGCACAGUGCAUUAGAAGGAAAUAAAGUCUCUGUAACAGCA